AUGGUUUGCACCAGGAAAACCAAAACUUUAGUGUCCACUUGCGUGAUCUUGAGUGGAAUGACUAACAUCAUCUGCCUGCUCUACGUGGGCUGGGUCACCAACUACAUUGCCAGUGUCUAUGUGAAAGUGCAGGAGCCGAUCUCAGAGAAAAAGUUAGAGGAAGACAAAGGGGACACUUUAAGGAUUAUAGAAAGGCUGGAUCACUUGGAAAAUGUCAUCAAGCAGCACAUACAAGAAGCUCCACCAAAGCUGGAAGAAAAUCCUGCAGAAGCUUUCACUGACUCAUCCCUCUUUGCUCACUGGGGCCAGGACCUCAGUCCUGAAAACCGACGCAUUGCCCUUAAACAAUUCCAGUAUUAUGGCUACAAUGCUUACUUGAGUGAUCGCCUACCAUUGGAUAGGCCACUACCUGACCUGAGGCCUAAUGAGUGCAGAAACCUCACAUUUCCCAACAGCCUUCCUGAGGUCAGCGUUGUUUUCAUAUUUGUUAAUGAAGCACUCUCAGUGAUUCUGCGCUCCAUUCAUUCUGCCAUUGACCGGACUCCUCCUCACCUGCUCAAAGAAAUUGUCUUAGUGGAUGAUAACAGUAAUAAUGAAGAACUCAAGGAGAAACUAAAAGAGUAUGUUGACGAGGUGAAUAUGCGGAAGCCUGGAUUCAUCAAGGUGGUCCGACACAGCAAGCAAGAGGGGCUGAUCCGGUCUCGAGUUAGCGGAUGGAGAGCUGCCACAGCACCAGUCGUUGCGCUCUUUGAUGCUCAUGUGGAAUUCAACGUGGGAUGGGCUGAACCAGUACUCACGAGGAUAAAGGAAAACAGAAAAAGGGUCAUUUCUCCAUCGUUUGAUAACAUCAAAUAUGAUAAUUUUGAAAUAGAGGAAUACCCCCUAUCUGCGCAGGGGUUUGACUGGGAACUGUGGUGUCGAUAUCUGAAUCCUCCAAAAUCAUGGUGGAAGCUGGAAAACUCAACUGCUCCGAUAAGAAGCCCUGCACUGAUUGGAUGCUUCAUAGUAGACAGGGAGUACUUCCAAGAGAUUGGCUUACUAGAUGAAGGCAUGGAGGUCUAUGGAGGAGAGAAUGUGGAGCUUGGGAUCAGGGUAUGGCAAUGUGGAGGUAGUGUUGAGGUGCUGCCUUGCUCCAGGAUUGCCCAUAUUGAAAGAGCCCAUAAGCCGUACACAGAAGACCUCACUGCUCAUGUCCGAAGGAAUGCACUAAGAGUGGCCGAAGUCUGGAUGGAUGAAUUUAAAAGCCAUGUUUACAUGGCAUGGAAUAUACCCCAAGAGGAUUCUGGAAUUGACAUUGGUGAUAUUUCUGAGAGGAAGGCCCUGAGGAAAAAACUGCAAUGCAAGACCUUUAGGUGGUACCUUGUCAGUGUGUAUCCAGAAAUGAGAAUGUACUCAGACACUAUCGCCUAUGGGGUGCUGCAGAAUUCCCUGAAAAGUGAUUUGUGCCUUGAUCAGGGGCCAGACACAGAAAAUAUUCCAAUCAUGUAUAUCUGCCAUGGAAUGACACCACAGAAUGUUUAUUACACAAGUAAUCAGCAGAUCCAUGUGGGUGUUCUGAGUCCCACUAUUGAUGAUGAUGACAACAGAUGCCUGGUGGAUGUGAACAGCAGGCCCAGGCUCAUUGAAUGCAAUUAUGCCAAAGCCAAGAGGAUGAAGCUUUACUGGCAAUUUACUCAGGGAGGUCCAAUCCAGAACAGAAAAUCCAAGCGUUGCCUGGAGUUACAGGAAAACAGUGACAAUGAAUUUGGAUUUCAGCUGGUCCUUCAGAAAUGCACUGGCCAACGCUGGUCUAUAACAAAUGUCCUGAAAAGCUUGUCAUCAUAA